UUUUAACUUAUAAUCUCUCCCUGUUGUCUCUUCAUUGUCUGAGGGGGUGGGGGAAAGGGAGUAGUUUAUUUGGAGUUUAGUUUUCUUGUUGGUUGUGAAAGCCCGCAGAAGCCCUUAGGUUUUAUUUGUUUCUGUUCCCUGCAAACUUCUAUCAGUGUUCUUAGAUUAUUUUUUUUAAACAUACUUCUGUGGUUUUGCAUAUAGUUGUUGAGUGGAGUAAUUUUCAGCUGAAGUAAAAAUUCCUAUGCUUUGCAUCUUUAGAGUGCCUAUUCAUUUUUCUUUAAAUAUCUCCAAAAUUUCAGUUAUGUUUUUUAUUGCUUUCUUUGACAGGGCUGCAAUAGAGGAGGCAUAUUCAAGAUCAAUGACAAAACUAGCCAAAUCAGUGAGCAAUUACACGCAACUUGGGCUAUUCGCACCAGUUUGGGAUGUUUUCAAAAUCUCAACAGAAAAACUGUCAAGCUGUCACUUGGACCUCAUGCGGAGAUUACAAGAGCUAAUAAAAGAAGUUCAUAAGUAUGGAGAUGAACAAAUCAAAACUUAUAAAAAGACUAAAGAAGAUGUUUCAAGAACAUUAGAAGCAGUACAAAAUAUUCAAAGUAUCACUCAGGCCUUACAGAAAUCAAAGGAAAACUACAAUGCAAAGUUUGUCGAACAAGAACGUUUGAAAAAGGAAGGAGCAACACAGAAAGAAGUUGAUAAGGCAGCAGUUAAAUUGAAAAAAGCUACAGAUACCUAUAAACUGUAUGUGGAAAAAUAUGCAGCAGUUAAAUCUGCUUUUGAACAGGAGAUGAAAGAAACUGCACAGGUACAUGAAGAGUUUAUUGAUAAUAUGAAAAAUACUACAGUUAGGAGUUUAAUACAGAAAUUUUCUGAGUCAAAAGGAACUGGCAAGGAAAGACCUGACCCUGUUGAAUUUCAGGAAUGUAACACAGCCAGUGCAGUUGAAGGGAUAAAACCAGAAAAGAGGAAGCCAUUUGGUUUAUCAGGGAUUAUGAAAAAAGAAAAAGACACUGAGUCUAUGGUGUGUCCAGAUACAGACUCAGUUAACAUUCCUGAUGUAGAUGAUGAAGGAUACAGCAUUAAACCAGAAGCAUCACAGGAUACUGAAAAGAACCAUUUCUAUUCAUCCAGUGAUUCUGACACUGAAGAAGAUGAACCCAGGAGGUUCCAUGUAGAAAUAAAACCCAUCCAAUCAAAUAAUAGCUCUCAAUAUACCAUGCCUUCCUUGGAUGAAUUAAAAGCAUCUAUAGGGAACAUUGCUCUUUCUCCAGCAAUAUCUAAACACAGUUCUGCACAACCAAAUCAAAAUGCAUCUAGUAAAGAGCUAACAAAAUCAAAGCUUUCUGCUCCAGCUAAUGAAAGGGGAAACAGUGACCUUCUGUCAUGGGAUCCACUCUUUAGCAGCUCUCCUGAAUCAUCUUCUUCAACCUCUUUGGUAUCUUCAUCCUCCUCAGCAAAGCCCACAAAUCCUCUUUCUGUAGGCACCAUUGUACCCCCUCCAAGGCCUGCUUCAACACCAAAAGUGUCUACAGGGAAACUUAGUGGAAUUAAUGAAACACCUAGGCCAUUCAGCCCUCCACUGACCUCUAACUCAAGUCCACCACCUGCAGCUCCCUUGGCACAUGCAGAGAGCAUUUCCUCAAUAUCUUCUGCUUCCCUCAGUGCAGCAAACACACCUACAGUUGGUGUUUCAUGUGGUCCCAGCCCUGUCAGACUUGGAAACCAGGACAUCGUGCCCGUUGCAGUAGCCCUUACUGAAUCUGUUAACGCCUACUUUAAAGGAGCAGAUCCCACAAAAUGUAUUGUGAAGAUCACUGGUGAUAUGACAUUAUCAUUCCCAAGUGGGAUUCUUAAAGUCUUUACCAGCAACCCAUCUCCAGCAGUGCUCUGCUUCAGGGUAAAAAACACAAGCAAACUAGAGCACAUUCUUCCAAAUGCACAACUUGUAUACAGUGAUCAGUCACAAAGUGACUCUAGUAGUAAGGAUUUUUGGAUGAACAUGCAAGCCAUAACUGUUUACCUCAAGAAAUUAUCAGAGCACAAUCCAUCUGCAUCCUAUUAUAAUGUGGAUGUUUUAAAGUAUCAGGUAUCUUCAAAUGGCAUCCAGUCUACUCCCUUGAAUCUUGCAACUUACUGGAAAUGUAAUGCUAGCACUACUGAUGUGCGAAUGGAUUAUAAAUAUAAUCCAGAGUCUAUGAAUGUGCCUAGUAUGCUGUCUAAUGUGCAGGUUGUGGUACAAGUAGAUGGUGGAGUAAAGAACAUGCAAUCACUUCCACCUGCAAAAUGGAAUGCAGAUCAGAUGAAAGCUUAUUGGAAAAUAUCUAGCAUUUCAGAGAAGUCUGAGAAUGGAGGUUCUGGAUCACUCAGAGCAAAAUUUGAACUUUCAGAAGGACCCAGUAAACUAGCAACACUUGCAGUGCAAUUCAUUAGUGAAGGAAGCACCCUUUCAGGAAUAGAUGUAGAGCUAAUACGCACUGGCUAUCGACUUUCCCUCCUUAAGAAGAGAUUUGCCUCUGGAUGA